AUGCCCUGCAAGCAGAACCUCGCCGUCCCCGAGAGCUGGCGCUCCGGCCUGGGCCCUCUUUACCAGGUCGAGAAGCCCCCCUUCACCAUCGAAGUUCCCGGCGCUCCCGAAGUUGAGGGCGAGACCAAGCCACGCCGGAAUGUCGUGGCAAAAGAUGGCCUCAUCGACCGCCCUCGCCCCGAUGUCGACACCGUCUUCGCCCUCGUCAAGCUCAGCGCCGAGGAGCACGCUGGCGACAGGUGCAUGGGCACUCGCAAGCUGAUCAAGAUACACGAGGAGACCAAGAAGGUGCCCAAGAUCGUCGACGGCCAGACCCAGAUGGUCGACAAGAAGUGGCAGUACUUCGAGCUGUCCAAUUACACCUUCAUGACCUACGGCGAUUACGAGACACACUUGCUCAACCUGGCCUCCGGUCUGCGCCAUCUGGGCCUGGAGAAGGGGGACAAGGUGCACAUGUUUGCCUCCACGAGCGCAAAUUGGCUCGCCCUGUCGCAUGCCUGCUCCUCGCAGACCUUCACCAUCGUUACAGCCUACGAUACUCUGGGCACAAGCGGCGUUGAGCACACGCUGGUGCAGAGCAAGCCAAAGGUCAUGUUCACAGACCCUCACCUGCUCAAGACCGCCUCGGGAGCCCUGAGCAAGGCAGAGACCGUCAAGAUUAUUAUCUACAACGACCAAUCCAUCGCGCAGCCCACUCCACAGUCCGAGAUCGAUGCCUUCAAGUCCUCCCACCCCAACCUGACCGUCCUGAGUGCCACCGAGCUUGCCUCCCUUGGUGAGGCAAAUCCUUACCAACCUCUGCCCCCAACUCCCCAAGAUACAUAUUGCAUUAUGUACACAUCCGGAUCCACCGGCCCUCCCAAGGGCGUCUCUGUGACCCAUGAAAGCUUCGUGGCCGCCGUGGCCGGCCUGGCGGGCGUUAUUGGCGACAACGUGAGCACCGAGGAGGUCAUCCUGGCGUACCUGCCCCUGGCCCACAUCUUCGAGAUGGUUGUCGAGAAUCUGGUCCUCUUCUUCGGCGCGACGCUUGGUUACGGCAGCGCGCGAACAUUGUCGGACCUGAACGUGCGCAACUGUGCGGGCGACAUGCGGACCCUCGCCCCAACGAUCCUGGUCGGCGUCCCGCAGGUCUGGGAGACCAUCAAGAAGGGCGUCAUGGGCCGCGUCAACGGCGGUUCGCUCCUGGUGCGCAGCCUGUUCUGGGGGGCGUUCAACGUCAAGUCCUUCCUCGUCCAGCACAACCUUCCCGGUCAGACGAUAUUCGACUCGGCAAUCUUCGGGCAGGUGCGCAAGCUCACGGGCGGCCGGCUGCGGUUCAUCAUCAACGGUGCUAGCGGCAUCUCCAAGGAGACGGCCCACUUCAUGUCCAUGAUCCUCGCCCCCAUGCUGACGGGUUACGGGUUGACCGAGACGGGCGGCAACGGCGCGCUGGGCUCCCCGCAGCAGUUCACCCUGACGGGCGCCGUCGGGCCCAUCACGCCGGCGAUCGAGUGCAAGCUGGUCAGCAUCCCGGACCUGAACUACUCGACGUCGACGACGCCGCCGCAGGGCGAGAUCUGGCUGCGCGGCAAGCCGGUGCUCAAGGAGUACUACCUGAACCCGGAGGAGACGGCCAAGGCCAUCACGGCGGACGGGUGGUUCAAGACGGGCGACAUCGGCGAGUUCGACGCCGUCGGCCACCUCAAGGUCAUCGACCGCGUCAAGAACCUCGUCAAGCUGCAGGGCGGCGAGUACAUCGCCCUCGAGAAGCUCGAGGCCACCUACCGCGGCUCGCGCGCCGUGCAGAACCUCAUGGUCCACGGCGACUCGGAGCACCCGCGGCCCAUCGCCGUCAUCCACGUCAACGAGGCCGUCAUCCGCGAGAUCGCCGCCGGGCUCGGCGUCCAGGGUGGCGAGCACGACCUGGUGCGCAACGACAAGGUCCGCGCCGCUGUCUUCAAGGACCUCGUUGCCCAGGGCAAGGGCGCUGGCCUUACUGGGCUCGAGAUGAUUACUGGUGUCGUCCUGACGGACGAGGAGUGGACGCCGGAGAGUGGCCUCGUGACUGCAACAUCAAAGGUCAACCGUCGAGCCAUCAGGGAGAAGUACGCGAAGGAAAUCAAGGAGGCCUUCAAGUCGUAG